CUGUACCAAGUGGAGGGAGGGACUGCCGGGCUGGAGAGCAGGAGGCUGAGGUUUAAUCAUUGAACCGGCCACAGUGUAUAGAUGUGGCUGCUCCACGGGAUUCUCAGAAAUCGCUUGGGAAAUGGCACGGCGGCUGAAGACGUCCUGUCAGAGCAAUCUUACUGUGUGAAGAAGACCAGGAGUUAUUAGUUCAACAACACAGUGGUUCUGUCUGCUUCAAAGAAACUGGGAAAAUGUUCGCUGUACACUUGGUGGCCUUCUAUUUUACAAAACUAAAAGAAGAUCAGAUCAAAAAGGUUGAUCGGUACCUCUACCACAUGCGGCUUUCGGAUGACGUCCUCCUUGAUGUGAUGACCCGUUUCCGGUCAGAGAUGGUGAAAGGUCUGGGAAGAGACACCAAUCCAACUGCUGCGGUAAAAAUGUUGCCCACACUUGUGCGAUCACUUCCUGAUGGCUCAGAAAAGGGCGACUUCCUUGCUUUAGACCUUGGAGGCUCCAAAUUUCGAGUUCUGAGGGUCAAAGUAUCUGAAGAUGGAAAGCAAAAUGUUCAAAUGGAAAGUCAAUUCUACCCAACACCUAAAGAAAUUAUACAAGGCCGUGGGAAUGACCUCUUUGAAUAUAUAACUGAUUGCAUCGCAGACUUUAUGGAGACCAAGGACAUAAAGCAUAAGAAAUUGCCCAUUGGGUUUACUUUUUCAUUUCCUUGUAAACAAAGUAAAUUAGCAGAGGGUGUGCUACUUUCUUGGACAAAACAUUUUAAAGCCCGGGGAGUACAACAAACAGAUGUAGUGCAAUCUCUUCGCAAAGCCCUCAGGAAACAUCAGGACAUAGAUGUAGAUGUCUUGGCGAUGGUAAAUGACACAGUGGGAACAAUGAUGACCUGUGGAUAUGAUGACCAACGAUGCGAAGUUGGAGUUAUUGUCGGAACAGGGACAAACGCUUGCUACAUGGAAGAAAUGAGCAAUAUUGACCUCGUGGAAGGAGAUGAAGGAAGGAUGUGCAUUAACACAGAAUGGGGAGCCUUUGGAGACGAUGGUUCACUGGAAGACAUCAGGACAGAAUUUGACAAGGAAAACGACUUGGGAUCAAUCAACCCUCGGAAACAAUUGUUUGAGAAGAUGAUUAGUGGGUUGUAUAUAGGAGAACUCGUCCGGCUUAUUCUUGUGAAAAUGGCAAGGGAAGGACUGCUUUUCAAUGGGAAACUGUCAACUGCUCUCUGCACCAAGGGCAAGAUUGAGACAAAACAUGUCGCUGCCAUGGAACAGUAUAAAGAAGGUCUGAACAACACUAAAGAGAUUCUGACUGAAUUGGGCUUGACUCCAUCUGAAGAUGAUUGCAUUGCUGUUCAGCACGUCUGCACUAUUGUUUCAUUUCGUUCAGCCAACCUCUGUGCUGCAGCUUUGGCAGCAAUACUGACCCGCUUGCGUGAAAACAAAAAAUUGACAAGGCUUCGAACCACUGUUGGAAUGGAUGGCAUGCUGUACAAGACGCACCCUCAGUAUGCGAAACGCCUCCAUAAAGUGGUUAGAAGGCUGGUUCCCAAUUGUGAUGUUCGAUUUCUGCUUUCUGAGAGUGGCAGCGGAAAGGGAGCUGCAAUGGUAACUGCAGUUGCAGCUAGAUUGUUAUCCCAGCACAAACAGAUUGAUGCGGCCUUGGCAAAUUUCAAGCUAACCAAAGAAAACCUCAUAAAUGUGAUGAACCAAAUGAGGGCUGAACUGGAACGUGGGUUAAAGAAGGAAACAAACCCCACGGCUACUGUGAAAAUGCUGCCAACGUUUGUUUAUGGAACUCCAGACGGAACAGAAAAGGGAAAAUACCUAGCCCUUGAUCUUGGAGGAACAAAUUUCAGAGUUUUGCUUGUAAAAAUCAGAAGCGGAAGGAACAGGUCAGUCCGAAUGUACAACAAAAUCUUUGCCAUUCCUUUGGAAAUUAUGCAAGGAACAGGAGAAGAGCUGUUUGAUCACAUUGUCCAAUGUAUUGCAGACUUCCUGGAGUAUAUGGGCAUAAAGGGUGCACGGCUCUCUCUUGGCUUUACUUUUUCUUUCCCCUGCAGACAAGCAAAAAUUGACAAGGGAACUCUUGUUGGGUGGACCAAAGGUUUCAAAGCAACUGACUGCGAAGGAGAAGAUGUUGUUGACAUGCUGAGGGAAGCUAUUAAACGGAGGAAUGAAUUUGAUUUAGAUAUUGUAGCUGUGGUGAAUGACACUGUCGGGACGAUGAUGACCUGUGGCUACGAAGAUCCAAAUUGUGAAAUUGGCCUUAUUGCAGGAACAGGCAGUAAUGUGUGCUACAUGGAGGAGAUGAAGAAUAUAGAAAUUGUAGAAGGAGAAGAAGGCAGGAUGUGCAUCAAUACAGAAUGGGGAGGAUUUGGUGACAACGGCUGCCUAGAUGAUCUCAGAACAACGUAUGAUGAAGAUGUGGAUGAGGGCUCCCUGAAUCCUGGGAAACAGAGGUAUGAAAAAAUGACCAGUGGCAUGUAUUUGGGAGAAAUAGUAAGACAAAUCUUGAUAGACUUGACUAAGAAAGGACUUCUCUUCAGAGGUCAGAUUUCAGAAUCACUGAGAAGAAGAGGAAUAUUUGAAACCAAAUUCCUGUCUCAAAUUGAAAGGUAACAUC